GUUUUACGGUUCUCACAGACAGGCACGACAGGGAGGCCGGAGCAACAGCGCAAAAGCUUCGGUUGCGUCUCCAGCUCCCUUUCUCUUCCACAUAUAUGUUCAAUUUGUUUCUCUCUUUUUCCCGAUACCUGUUUUCCGCGGCUCCUGGAGGUUCCGCUAAUCUGACUGCACCGUGGAUUUGGUUCGGCUGAAGGUUCGACCUGUCAUGUCGAAUUUUACUCCAUCAUGUCACAUUGGAAGCGGAAUCAAUUUUGUAGAUGCGAAGUUGAAUUGUCGUUCGCUAGCCUGCACCAAUUCUAGGGCUGGAAUCAGGCUUACCAAGCCGUUUGAGGAUGAAUCUUUCUGCAUUUCGCGGAUAACUCUCACUAGCUCCGGUAGAGUACCUAGACAUGGAAGCGUGCGGAUGGCAUUGGUGGAUGAGAGGCUGACACAUGGCAGAAAUGUGGCUGAGCCUUUUAGGUUAUUGGCAUAUGAACUUGUUCAGGGGUACUGGUGAAAUGGAGUUCAAUGAUAGACAAGUCAGUACCAGAUACGCCAAUGGCUGUCCUUCUGCAUGGUAUUCUGGGUAGCCGGAAAAACUGGGGAACUUUUGCUCGGAGAUUGGCAAGAGAAUUUCCAACAUGGCAGUUUCUAUUAGUAGAUUUGAGGUGCCAUGGUGAUUCAGCAUCAAUCAAGAAGAGGGGUCCACACACUGUUGCCUCAACUGCUUUGGAUGUGCUAAAGCUAGGACUUUUCCUUAUCCAUUUUUUCUGGGACAGUUUGGACAACUCAGAAUAACACCCUGAGUUCUAGUAGGUCAUAGCUUUGGAGGAAAAGUUGUCUUGAGCAUGGUGGAUCAAGCUGCAAAGCCUCUUGCCCGGCCAGUUAGAGUUUGGGUUCUAGAUGCUACUCCUGGAAAAGUACGAGCUGGUGGAGAUGGUGAGGAUCACCCUGCAGAAUUAAUAUCUUUCUUAAGUAAAUUGCCUAAGGAGGUCUCCUCAAGGCAGGAGAUUGUGAAAGCUCUUGUUCAAGGCUUUUCUAUGGAUGUGGCACGGUGGGUGGUAACUAACCUCCGACCAACUGGAAUUCUUGGUUCAUCAUCAAGUUUCUCAUGGGUGUUUGACCUUGAUGGAAUUGCAGAAAUGUACCGAUCCUAUGAAGAAACAAAUUUAUGGAAAUUUGUGGAAAAUCUACCCCAGGGUGUGCAUAUUAACUUUCUGAAAGCGGAAAGGAGUUUACAUCAGUGGGCCCUUGAAGAUCUCCAGCGAAUUCAUGCUGCGGAGCUGCUUGCAUCUGAUGAAGGAGGUGGAGUCCAGAUGCACGUCCUUGAAGAUGCUGGACACUGGGUACAUGCUGAUAACCCAGAUGGACUCUUCAGGAUUCUCUCGUCUUCUUUCCUUGGUCUAAGAACUUAAUGGUGCUUUCCUGCAUUUCUUUAGAUAUUUCCGCAAGGCCUCUUAUAGUCAUAUAAUUAGGUUGGCACAAAAGAAUAUUUUGUAUGAUUAAAAUGGCAUUCAAUUUGAAGAAUUUUAUCGUCAGUUUCUAGUUGUCACGGCUUUGGAGUAUUCUUGUAGUUCUAGGCAUACAAUUGUGUCAUGUAGACUCAGUAACCUCUUAUUUUUUAUUUUUUGUGAUCUCUUUGGUUAAAACUUUAAAACAAACAUUACCUAGUGGCAACAUGCUCUUUUUUAUGUAUAUAUUAUUUUUGGCUUAAUGUCAUUAAAAAUUCUCAAACUUU